AUGCGUGUGUGGGGGCUUGCUACCCUCAUCACUUCACGUCCUGGUGAAGUUUGCGCUGAGUAUGGAGAGUGCCUGCAGUCCUUCCAAUCCAAUUGUACCUUCACAGCCGAGAGCAUUUUUGCAAAUCAGCCAAAGUGUGCAGUGAAGGCCGGCCGCCACCAGCACUUGGUAAAGCUGGCAAAGGAAAGUGCACCUGACUGCAAUGCUCUUUUUGUGAAUUGCAAUGGCUCCUAUUCAAGACCUGUGUACGCAGAGCAGGUGGUUCCUUGCGUGACUCCCGGGCAUCCCGUCUAUGCAACUCACCUGGAAAGAUACUUGGGGACUUCAGAUUUCAUGAAUGUACAAGGCUUUUUCGAAUCGUCCUGGUCAAGCGAGAUCUAUCAAGAACUAUUGUCCAAGCCAUCCUUUACCCAUGACUUAGUGGGUAACUCCUUUACCACUACAGUGGCACAAGCAGUAAUCUUGACCACUUUUGCAGUGGCAGCUGAUGCAUGGGGCACUGUGUCAACAAGGAUCUCACAGAUGGAGGAUGAUUCUACGAAGCAAGCAGGCCAAACUGCUGAUGUGGUUCUGAGACGCAUCAGAGGCAAGCGCAAAGCAGGAGAAUAUGGACCUCCGCGCAUGGGUGUCAUCGCUGGGAGCACAAGACGCCCAAAACCGGCCAAGAAAGGGAAACGAGUCAGCGGAGUCAGAAAGUACAAGAGAAAGAAGAAGGGGGUGGACAGCCGCAGUUUUGCCAAGGGCAAGCAUGAAAGCGCAACAUUGUGGCAGAAGGAGCAGAUGAAGGCUUACGAUGAGGCGAAGAACGAUCCGGCUAUCAAGAAUCCUUGCCUUGCAGUGCAGCACAUGAAAGGGUACUACCGCUGUUGCAUGUAUAAAUGGUGCAAGCAGAGGAAGGCUGAACAAUGGAGUCUACUUUGCGCUGCUGCUCCACGUGUGGCCAAAUCUAAAAAGGAAGUACCAAACUCUUUGCGACGGCUUUUGGGCAUCAAGAACAAGUUCGUUUGCCGGAGGGGCAAGCCAAUUGACUCAGAAACACCACCACAAAACACGAUCCUUCCACCAGAGCUGGAGAAUCUGGUUGCUGAUGCUGUCGCAGAGCGCAUUUCUCUUGGAGAGGAGGUCGACUACCGGUAUGUGAGCAGUGCAUUGCAAGCGACCAUUGAGCAGUGGAAUCAGGCUGUCUCCAUGGUCACUGAGAAGAGGCCGGAGGAACUAUUGAAGUUGCUGAAUAUGAACCUCAGAGAGGACGACCCAGAGACACAUUUGAAUGAGAUUUGUGAGCGCUUAGAGAAGGAGUUGUGCCCGAUUUCAUUGAAACCGACCAGCGCAAAUUUCCUGCUCCUUGGCCUGAUUCCGCUUAUAAAGAGCAUUCUAUGUGGGCCAAACAUUGAGAAUUUUCAUGAUAUAUAUAUAUAUUAUAAUAUGUAUAUAUACAACUAUAUAUAUGGAUAUAUAUAUAUAUAUGUAUGGGUAUAUAUAUAUAUGGGUAUAUACAUAUAUAUCCUGACACAUUGA